AUGAACAUAGCAGAAUAUCUUUCAUCUAGUCAUCCGGAUGAUCUGCGAUAUCGUUUGAGCAUUGCGUAUGCGGUGUGUGUUUUAGAGCAACAAAAUCAGGUAGCGACACAUAUUGAUGCUGUUAGGAAUCAGUUUUUCCUAACAUGGAGAAGUGACGAAGAGUUUGUUCGACGCUUUUUGAUGUUCGGUAAUUCUGACGGUAUUUAUUUCGCAAGGCAAAAAGACUUCACAUGCACUUUAGUCCCCGGUUUGUGCCGUAUUAUUCAAUCAGGUAAAGGGCUGAUAAUUUUACGACAAAUUCUGGAAAUUUCGGGAUCAAAUCAUACUUCGAAAAAAGAACCGCUACUGAUGGCUCUGGCACUUUGCGCACGUUAUAAAGUUUGUGAUACUCAAAGUAAGAAGAAGCUACCGUGGGAAACUACGGAGGAAGGAGAAAAAUUAUUACCGGAUGCUGUCUGCCGGGACAUUAGACCGGUUAUGGAAAAGGCUUAUCAAGGAUGCCUCCAGAAGGUAGCCCUUUUUGCUGUGCACAAGGUGUGUAUCACACCCACUCAUUUAUUCACGUUUAUCAAGUAUUGCAAAGUGGUAUCAAAGGAAAGUGGACUUAAGAAAGAUUCUAAUGGUUGGGGGCGUGCGUUGCGUGCAACUGUUAUUAAAUGGUAUUACAAUCAUACUCCAAAUCGUCUUGCAGUCAUCGUCACCAAGUAUCGUCAUCGUAUAUGCUACUCGCAUCGUGAUCUGUUUUGCCUGAGCCAUAUCCAUCCAAAACAAAGUUUUCCGCCUGAAUAUAACUACUGGCAUCAUCAAAACGACUAUGAAAACAUUUUCAAACAUGUUACCAGAGGUCGCAAAGAUAGGAAACGACGACAAGAAUUAUCACCGAAAGGACAAUCCAAGCGAGGCCGAUUAGAUCCAGAAGAGGCGGAACAAGUGCGAAAAAAUUUAGAGGAGUUGAAUUUAAAACGAGCUGGAGAGAUAGAGGCUCCAGAAGGGGUUGAAGGAACAGCUAAUCCAGUCAUAGGUGGAACUGAGUAUAUUGAUGCUUUUGAUAGACUUCAAGAUUUGACAUCUGCAAAUGUAGACGAGGCAGUUAUGCUCAUUCUUCAGUAUGGCAAGUAUUUAUUCUAUUGA